CACCAACUGCCACCGCUGUGCUUUUGUCUUGCAUCAGUCCAGUGUGCUUGUCCGUCKCGUUCUGUUCGGCUCGCCGUGCGUCGGCGGCGGCGGGCGUCCCCGCCGCCUCCGGAGCACGUGCCCGUGCGCUUCAGCGAAUAACCGUGUGCUUUUCCAGGCCCCUUGUAGUUUCCGUAGUGUGCCGUCCUCUUGUGCACCAUGACACGGUGUUCCGCCCCGACGCCGCCACCGCCAGCGUGACCAGGCGGCCCGACGCGCCUCGGAUCUGACGCGAAUAGGGACCGAUAACAGGUGCGUUAUCUUAUCUCGACACGUACAGGUGAGAUUGGCCAGUUUCGUGGCUGUGUCUCACCGACUAUGUUGCACUCGCUGGACGCGCUAGCAGGCAAAUUGUCCCCGGGAGCGCCGACCCAAAACGGCCCCCAAUCGUCCGUCCUGGACACCAAUGCCAACAGAGUGCAUCCCUACAUGAAGCAGAAUCCCAACACAAACGCCACCUCACUGGCGAUGAACAACAAUAACAACAGCAGCACGAACAACAAUAACAGCAAUAGUAACAACAACAACUUGCUGAGUUCGUCGCAACAAAACAAUGCCAAAAUCGAACAGGAGCAACCGGACAGUGAUACCAUCAAGAUGUUCGUGGGGCAGGUGCCCCGGUCCAUGGACGAGAACGAUCUCAGAAGGAUGUUUGAAGAAUACGGACGCGUACACUCGAUCAACGUCCUUAGGGACAAGACCACGGGAGCCAGCAAAGGUUGUUGCUUCGUGACGUUCUUUACAAGGAAGGCAGCUCUUCAGGCGCAGGACGCUUUACACAAUGUGAAAACCUUAAACGGGAUGCAUCAUCCCAUCCAGAUGAAGCCCGCCGACAGCGAGAAUAGAAACGAAAGAAAACUGUUCGUGGGCAUGCUCAGCAAGAAGCUGUGCGAAAACGAUGUCCGGACCAUCUUCAACGGCUACGGCACCAUCGAGGAGUGCACCGUGCUGCGGGAUACGGCCGGCAACUCGAAAGGGUGUGCGUUCGUCACGUUCGCCAGCAAACAGUCAGCUCUUAGUGCCAUAAAAGCCCUCCACCAGUCGCAAACGAUGGAAGGGUGUUCGGCUCCUCUAGUCGUGAAAUUCGCCGACACGCAAAAAGAAAAAGAACUGAAACGGCAGCAGCAAAUACAGGCGAACGUGUGGAACGCGUUGGCGGCUCCCCAGCUGCAGACGCCUCCGCAACAGUUCAGUCCAGUUCUGUCGAACGACGCGACGUCCUUGCAACUGUUGCAGGCGAUGAGUGGCGGAUCGGCGCUCCUGCCGCAGCAGCUUUUGACCGGCGCCGAAAACCUGUUGGCGCCUUUAGGGGUGCAAAAUUUGGUCACGUUGGCGGCGAUGUCGCAACCGACCGCCACCCCUUUGUGUGUAGCUAAUCUGUUAGGAAAAGGUGCGGGUGUUGAAAGAACUUUGACCACCGGACUACAGACGGGCAUGUCCACGUCGGACUUGUCCACGUAUGGAUCACUUAUCACGAAUGCUACGCUCAACGCCGCUGCCAUUGCGGCAGCAGGAAAACAAAUAGAAGGUCCGGACGGUUGCAAUUUGUUUAUCUACCACCUGCCGCAGGAAUUUACCGAUACGGACUUGGCGUCGACGUUCCUGCCGUUCGGUCCUGUGAUCUCUGCAAAGGUGUUCAUAGACAAACAAACAAAUUUGUCGAAGUGUUUCGGUUUCGUGUCGUUCGACAACGCGACGUCGGCCCAGCAGGCCAUCGCCGCGAUGAACGGGUUCCAGAUAGGCACCAAGCGGCUCAAGGUGCAGCUGAAGAGGGCCAAAGACGCGUCCAAGCCCUAUUAGCCAAAGAGACAGCCAGUCGUACUCGUUUACACAAGUACAACCACCAGCACAGUGCCAGUGUCUUGUGCCCAUCUCAGGAUAUCGUCUAGCUGCUAUUUAUACGAACUGUGAGAUAUUUUUACUAGUUAACUGCGGCGGUUCACCGCUGCUUGUAAAUUGAUAAAUGAUUAUGUAUUUGACGAAUGACGAGGAUGUUCGGCAACAAUAAGUGUUAUGUUUCUAUUAUUAUUGUCAUGUUUGGUUCGAUAGGUUUUGUAAGUUGUGUUUCGUGGCGUACGCGCGUAGACAUCCUCUGUUGUUUAGUUCUAUCGUCUAGGCCAUAAAUGUAAAUGUUGAGUGAUUAUUUCGUUUAGUUCUGAGUCUACUUUAUAUUAUCAUUUAUUUAUAUGCGCAUGUAUUUGAUGAAUUGUACCUUUAUUUUCUAUUGUUGAUUAAACCAAAGUUAGACCAAACACCCUA